AUGUUUAAAUAUAAUAAAUUCUUUAAUAAUCAAAAUACCUCAGGUUUCCUUCGAUCAAUUAAAAACAAUAAAAAAAGAGGAAAUAAAGUAAAUAAGCAAGUAAACAAUUCAAGCAAUAUUAAUAACAAGUAUGAUUUGAUGAGGGUCAUUGAUAAUUCAGAGGUACCUGUAGUAGUAGAAUUUCAACCAUCAUGGGAUCUACCAAUAAAAAGAUAUAACCCUCAUUUAGAAAAUGUAGUAAAAAAUCAUAAAGGAAAUUUAACCUUAGUCAAACUUGAUAUUGACCGUGACUAUGAUAUUGUAAAAAGAUUUAAAGUUUUAGAAUUCCCAACUAUAUUAGGAAUCUCAAAAGGAAAUAUAAACUCUGAAUUAAAAGGAAAGAACUUAUCAAAUAAAGAUAUUCAAGAAUUUUUAAAUAAAUUAGAAGACUCACACUAUAAAUAA